AUGGUGGAUUUCGCAUUAGACAUUGAUGACGGAUCGAAUGCGAGCUCCGACAAUGAACAAGAUGAUAUGAUGGAAGAUGCAGAUAACCUAGACCCCGAACUAGAUGGAGAUGGGGACGGAGAUGGAGAUGGAGAUGGAGACGGAGACGAGGACGGAGACGGGGAUGGGGAUGCUGAUGGGGACGGAGAUGAAGAAGUAGACGACGACGACAAUGAUGACGAUAAUGGAGAGGAUGACCAAGAUGAUGGUGACGGCGAUGGUGAUGGAGAAGGUGAAGACGACUUCUCCCCUUCGCAGAACAGAGGAGACCUAGACAAUUCAAACGAGAGAUUGAACUCGAACGACACUCAAAUGAAUGGCGAGGGUCCCACGUCACAUCCUCAUCCGACUUUAGUAAGGACUUCAGCCUCGCCGCAACACAAUUCUACUUUAUCGUUAUCCCCAAGAUUUAGAUAUGAAGUUAGGGCCGAAGCGCUAACUGCUUCUACCUAUGAUAUUGUACCAACAAUAGCUGCUCCUCAGAGUACAUCGAUCAAUGCAAUCACGGCAACACCUGAUAUGAGAUAUUGGUUCAGUGGAGGUUCGGAUUGUUUCAUAAGGAAAUAUAAUGGAGUCGAUACAGUCAACGGUAAAACACUAUUGACUGUUGCUCAACGGCAUCCAUUCGUUGAUAGUGUCGUUAAAGCUGGCGUUCUUAUGAGCUAUUGGGAUAACGAGGAAUCAAGUAGAGGCCCUGGCGGGGAGGAUAAUCCACUGUCUCCCGUCUAUUCGUUGGCAGUACAAUCUGAGGCUCUUUGGAUGUUAUCCGGACUUGAAUCAGGAAGUAUAAACUUACAAUCGGUGCGACACGAUGAAGGGAAGAAAAUAGCCACUCUCCAAAAACAUACAUCUGCUGUCUCGGUUCUUAUUCUUGCUCGUGAUGAGAGAUCCGUCUUAUCAGGAAGUUGGGACAAAAAGGUUCUGGACUGGGAUUUGAAUACUGGAUUGGUCAAGCGCACAUUUGAUGGGAGUGGUGGUCAAAUCUCUGCAAUAGAAGUAAGACCGGCGUCUACACUACCUGUUCCCGAAGAGUCUGGCGAACCAAGCCCUCAGAACGGAACCUUCUCUAGUAACAUUGGGGAAAAGCUACUGUUGAAUGGAGCUUCUGGUGGAAUGAAUGGGACCAAUGGGUUGAACGGGGAUGCAGACGGUAAUGAGGAUGCUCCUGGGUCACCUGCAGAUUCUCUUUUCGGGGGUGGAGAUUCAUUAUUUGGAGAUACAGAUGGAUUGGGAGCUCCAUCCGGAGGAAAUUUUGGUGAUGACGAAGAUUUGUUCUCGAAAGCCUUGGAUAUGAACAUAGAAGAAGCACGACCAGAUUCUUCCGGUGAUAUGUCUAUGAUGGAUGCACCACCUCUAGCAAUUGAGGAAGAGCCUGCUUCUUCCCUUCAAAUCCAAUCCGAACAACCACAGGCUGAUCUAUCUAAUGGUUUACCCCAUUCUGAAGAUAUUAUUGAAGUAAAAGCAGAGCCUGAAACUCAAGAUGCUGAUGCAACAUCUGACUCCACAUUUCUUGCUGCAUCUAUCAAUGGAACCAUUCGUGUCUGGGAUAGACGUCAACCGAACCCAAUUGCUCGAAUCUUGACCAGAACAGGAGUACCCCCAUGGUGUAUGUCUGCUUGCUGGUCACCUGAUGGAAACUACAUUUAUGCUGGCCGAAGGAAUGGAACAGUGGAAGAGUUCAGUCUACAUAAAGGUCUCAAACAACCCGAAAGGACGUUUAAAUUUCCAAAUGGAAGUGGUGCAGUCAGUGCUAUAAAGGCCAUGCCUAAUGGAAGACAUCUUAUUUGUGCAUCACAUGAUAUCUUACGAUUAUAUGACCUCAAGCAACCACAGACUAAAUCACAUUCAUCCGUACCUUUCCUCAUCGUUCCUGGGCCACCAAGGGCUGGUGUCAUAGCUGCACUUCAUAUCGAUCCGACGUGCAAAUAUAUGAUAUCAGCUGCGGGAAACAGAGGUUGGGAGGGUACUAAUACGGAGGUUAUGAUUGGUUACGAGAUCAACAUACCAUCUUGA